CUGCUGCACACCUUUCUUUCCGAUCGCAAACCGCUGCUCAGGUUCGACAGCUUUGUCUGUCCAAAGUGCACAGCGUACUACCUGUAGCCGAUCGCUUCCAAGCAUCCCCAGCACCAACGUGGCAUCUCCACGAUGAACGCCAUCCGCCAAACCCAACUCUUGAACAAACGCGAACUCGAAAAUGCAAUACCACCAUCUGCCUCCUGGCACGCAGACUAUCGAGAUACAGCCUACAUCUACAUCGGUGGCUUGAACCCAGACUUGACCGAAGGCGAUGUCGUUACAAUCUUCUCGCAGUUCGGCAACCCUACGCACCUGAACUUGAUCCGAGACAAAGAGACCGGCAAGAGCAGGGGCUUUGCGUUCCUCAAAUACGAAGACCAGCGGAGUUGUGAUUUGGCGGUGGACAAUUUUACGGGGGCCGAAGUACUGGGCAGACUGCUACGGGUCGACCACACGAGGUACAAGAAGAGAGACGACGAGGAUGAAGAUACACAUCGCAUCGACAGACUGGAGCAGGAAGCCACAGUACAGUUGAACGGCAAUGGGAAGCGGGAGAGUGAUGAUACUGAAGACGAGGAGAGGCAGUCGAAGCACAGAAUGAAGAAGCGGCGGCCAUUGUUGAAGGAAGAGCAGGAAUUGGAGGAGAUGCUUGCCAUAAAGCACAAUGGUGAAGAGGAAGAUCCUAUGCGCGAGUAUCUGAUCAAAGAGAAGAGGGAGGAGGUGGAGAGGGCAAAAGAACGAGCGAGAAGGAAGGGUAAGGCAGAAAGGAAGCACAAGCAUACACGCAAAGAAGGUGAGGACGGUGAUGAGGAGAGACGGCACAGGCAUAGGCGACGAGAAGAUGAAGAUGUGAGGCAAGAUAAUGGCACUCACCGCCCUCGACUGAGAGAAGAGGAUGACGAUAGAGCUGAGAGGCGGCAUCGGCACGGAGACAGGGACAAAGAUCGAGACCGUGGAGACCGCGAGAAGCACAGGAGUGAAGGGGACAAGGAGUCCAGGCGGCAUCGAACCGAGGACGCGCAACAAGCCGACGGGAAAAUCAGAAGGCACGAAGACUAUGAUUCUCGCCGUGACCGCGACCGCGAUUACAGAGAUCGUCGAGAUGACAGCAGGGAGCGAAGGUCUUCGAGAGACCGUCGUUAAGACGUUGUGAUGACUGACUCAACGACCUGGAUAUGUGUGUAGAAGUAUGAACCGAACCGUCGAGGCUCCCUCGUAUCCUGACUGAGCUCGAGAGACUUCCCAUGCUUGCGGUUCCGCUCUGCUUCUUACAAGGCUUUACAACUUCGUGGCUGCAUACAGCCUAUAUGGCCUGCUUCAUUUCAAUCCCUCCCCUUUUUCGAGCAGUUGCACACCUAAAUCUCUUAACUUGAACUUCUCUGCAACCGGAUCGUCAGCGACUUGUCCACUAGUAACGGGACUCCAACACUCACGAAUCUUCCCACUCGCCGUCUUGGGAUAUUCAUCCACGAAAAACACAUACUUGGGCACAAGAUGGUGGCUCAUCCUUUCUUUCACCCACUCCCUCACUUCAUCCACACUCACGGGUGGGUUGCCAGGCUGCAAAUGAUGCCUUCUCACCACGAAAGCAGCCACAACCUCGCCGUACUUCUGAUCCGGCAAACCCACAACACUCACCUCCGCGAUCUUCGGAUGGGCAAACAAACAAUUUUCCACCUCGAGCGGGUGUAUAUUCUCUCCGCCACGGAUGAUGAGGUCUUUUAUCCGGCCAGUAAUGCUGAUGUACCCGUCCUCGUCUAUGCUCGCUUCGUCUCCCGUGUGCAUCCAAACCUU